AUGGGAAUACCUCUACCAAAGCCUGUUAUGACACAGCUGCGGGAGCGGCACGGCAACGAAAUAUUCCGCUGUGGCUCUAGCUGCGUCAACGGAUUCCGCGAGAGUAUGGAAGACGCACACAUCAUCUACCUUCAGCCUGGAUGGGGUUUUUUUGGUGUGUUCGACGGCCACGUCAACGAUCAGUGCUCGCAGUACCUGGAAGGUGCGUGGAAAGAAGCUAUUGAAAAAGAAAUAAUGCCAAUGACGGAUGAUCGCAUGAAGGAAAUUGCUCUUGAAAUUGACAAGCAAUGGAUGGAUUUAGGCCGAGAAGGCGGCAGUACCGGUACUUUUUUCUCCGCCAUGAAAAAAGAUGCCACUGUUCACUUGCAAAUUGGUAAUGUUGGUGAUUCGCGCGUUCUGGUUUGCGUCAAUGGCCAAGCUAGAGCAAUGACUGAAGAUCACAAGCCCAAUAACGAUGAUGAAAGACGUCGAAUUGAGGACUGUGGCGGCCGUGUGGAGGGCAAUCGUGUUGAUGGAAGCCUAGCUGUGAGCCGGGCCUUUGGAGACCGUGAUUAUAAAACCAAUACCAAUGGUAGCCAACUAAAUCAAAAAGUGAUUGCGCUUCCUGAUGUAACCCAUGUGGACGUGACCUGGGGCAGCAAAGAUUUCGCCGUGUUGUGCUGCGAUGGCGUUUUUGAGGGACAAUUCAGCAAUGAAGAGGUUGUGGGUUUCAUUAAGGAGCAGCUUGAGACAACAGCUGAUCUUGCCGUCAUUGCAGGUAGAGUCUGUGAGGAGGCUGUGAAUCGUGGUAGUCGCGAUAACGUCUCCUGUGUUAUUGUACAGUUCCAGAGUGGUAUGGACUACAAGGAAAUGAACCACAUUGAUGUGCUCCCAGGCCCGUUUAGCCUACCCAAGAACGCUGUUUUCCGCAAAGUAUACGGCCUUAUGGCACAGAAGGCGGGGUGCACGAUUCAUGAGGUUCUAGAAAAGCGUUACGAUCAACUUGUUUCCAUGGACAAGGAACUCCUGCAGGAAGAGUGGCAGUGGUUUAAGGGAGGGCCGCCAGCCAACUUGAAGGGUAAGGAUCGCACCAAGUGGUUUGCCGACCUGCUGGAGCAGUAUGCGGCAGAGAAUUCCUCAGACGGCCGAUCCGAGCAACUGGAGCGCAUUCAGCUGCUACAACAGCAGAUAGGCGUUCCACUGCCUGUCCUUCUUUCUCUCAUGGCUGGACAGACGCAAGAAUAA